AUGAAACAUACUCGACCAGCUUAUCUUUUCGGUAAUCUCUUCAUUGAUAUGGGUGAACACGAGAAGGGUAUAGACUAUUUUCGGAAACUUCUUCGCAUUUUAUCCGCGGAACACAAGGAUCUCCCAAAUGUUUACUAUUUUCUUGCCAGAGCUUAUCGUUUCAUCAGCCGUUACAAACUAGCUUUAGCAUUAGCGCGGCACGCUGAACGACUGCAACGCCAGCGAUUACCAGAGAGCAAUUAUGAUUAUGCUCGAACUAUCUCUGGUGUAGGAACAAUUUAUGCGUUGCAAGGCGAUUAUCGACGCGAACUGACGUACUACAAGAAGGCCCUCAUUAUGUAUCGGCAUAUUUCGCCUAUGCAAGAAGACGUGCAUUUUGCCCGAAGCAACGCUCGUCUAGCUCUAGCUUAUAUACAUCAUGGACAGUACACUCAUGCACUUCCCCUUCUAGAAAUGACAUUGUCUAUUUAUAAAGCAACCUUGCCUGAAGCGCAUCUCUAUAAGGCACAAGCGCUCCAACUGAUGGCCGAUGCCCAGUAUGGAAUAGGUGAUCCAGAACAAGCUUGCAACUUCUACGAACAAGCCCUGCAUGCUCGCCACUUGUGCAUGCCUGCAAACGAUCCUGCUACAGCUGUCAACCAUCAUCUAGCUGGUAUAGCCUACGAAACAUUCGGUCAGCACGAAAUAGCGCUUCAACACGAACGACAAGCCUUGGACAUACUAGAGCUUGCAACGCCGAGAGAACAGGAAGCACUGACGCAUAUACGAAGUUCCAUUGAGCGAAAUCUUGCCAAUUUACAAUUGAACUAA